AUGUCGAAAGCAACAUCAUCGGGUCACACCAACAAAACCACUAUGACAACGACGACGUCGGCGGCCACGACGACGACGACCUCAAGGUCCGGCGCUACCUCAAUGACAGCUGCACCAACAGCAGCAUUAUCGGCAUCGUCUACUCUCUUGGCCAUGAGUAAAAUGUCCACCUCUACCCCACAAAAGAAACUACCCGAUGCGGCGGUCACAGCAAUGCUGGCCGAUAUCAGUGGUCUUGCUGACACCGAGACAUCCAACGUCUUUAACGAUGAUACGACCACUUCGAUAUCCCCCAAUCAAAGUAGCCGCAUCCUACAUGGUAGCGGCGGUGCACCCUCUGGUGGCGCAGGCGGUGGCAGUGGUGGCUAUAGUAAAUCCAAUUCCGCCUCCAACAGUCCCGUGGCCAAACGUCAUUUAAAUUCCGGUUCGGUGGCCCGCACCCGACCUCAAUCCAGCUAUUCAGCUCGAGUUUUAAUAUUUGAAGAUUCGGAUCAAGAAUUUGGAUCACCACAUGGAACGACAGGUGGUAGCAAUAAUAGCGCUAAUAGUCUACAAAGUAUCGGUAAUAAUACUCAUGAUGGCGGCGGCGGUGGCGGAACCACAAAAUCCUCCACCGGUUUAGAGAUGUUCGGUUCAUCACCGAAAAAUAACGAUUCAUCGAUAUCAUCAUCCCAGUCGCUGUUGCGCAAUCUCAAUUUGACAAAAUCCUCAUCAGGUGGUUUAUCGGGUAGUUCGAUAUCGUUGCCGGCCAGAGGCUAUGGGGCGCUAUUGAGGAAAAUAUCCUAUCAACAGCAUGCGUAUUCGAUGAGAUCAAGUAGUAAUGAUUCCUCAAAUUUGGUACGCAUGCGCAAUACUUCCUUGGGCAAAUCGGCACCCUGCCUAACCUCCUUGGGCAGUAGUUCAUUUCGUGAACGCGAUACUAGCCUUUGUUUGGCCCAGACCAGUAUGCAUGCCAUCCAUCAUUCACCCUCAUCCUCGUCAUGUAAUGCUCAUCAUCAACACCACCAGCAUCACCAUCAUCAUUCAUCUGGGGCAUCCGCAUCAUCAUUAGCCUCCAACUCGAAUACAUCAACGCUAACAGCUAAUGCAGCAGCGUCAACAUCGGCCGCAGCCGCCUCCUCACCCAAUAAUUCCAGUUCCUUGAAUAUAUCACGUUCGGGUAGCUGUGCUGGCUUGGGUAUCGGUAAACAUCAUUUACAUGGUGUUGUUAUGCGUGGCUCGGCGGCCAGUUCUAGUGGGGUGGCUCAUCAUCGUCUGAGUUUGGUUACCGGUGGUAUAGGGGCUGCUGCGGCUGCAGCAGCGGCGGCCGCAGCAGCAGCUGCAGGAAAUUCAAGAUCUCAUUCACCGUAUUCGGCAAGUCCCGUCGAUAGUCCGCGUAUCAAUUCGCCGAUGCAAUUUGCAUUUGCGCCCAUAAAACGUAUAGCCACAUGUCGUGGUGAUGGUAGAAGAUGGUCAGUGGCUUCAUUGCCUUCAUCGGGUUAUGGCACCACGCCGGGUAGUUCAAAUUUAUCGAGUCAAUGUUCCAGCCAGGAGGCAUUGCAUCAAUUACCCAAUAUGGCUGCUGGAGGAGUCGGCGGGGCAGAUGCCAUGGUGGUAAAUUGUUGUGCGGAGCAUAUGCAGCAGCAUCAGCAGAACAUGGCGGCGGCAGCUGCGGCGGCCGCCUCCAAUCGUCCUCAUUGUUUAAAACACUGUGCCCUGCUCAGCAGCAGCAGUGUUAACUCAACAACGAAUAAAAAUACCGUCCCAGGACAGGCAAGUCCUAAGCAAUUUAAACCACAACCAACACCACCAAAUGUGCCAACUGGAAAUGCCGCCACAGCUGCCGCCGGACCACCUGGUACACCCCAAAAGGCCUGUGCCAAUUGUUGUGCUGAACUAAACACCGCCUGUAAUCCGGCUAACAGGACCCCUGGCGGCACUGCUGCUGGUCCUGGCAACAAUAACAACAAUGGCGGACGAAUGUCUCCCUUCCACCGACCCCGUUCCCGCUCCCUGUCAAGUCCCUCCCGCUCGCCUGCAAUUGACAGUGAAAUUGCCCUGAUGAACACCAUGUAUAAGGAGCGAUUCCCCAAGGCCACCCAACAAAUGGAGGAGAGACUAAAACACUUCAUUAAUGAAAAUAAAUCCGCCGUGUGCAAUAGCUUCCGCGACUCACAACCCAUUGUCCGGUUUGUACAUCAUCAGGUGCUGGAAAUGGCCCGUGACUGCCUCAAUAAAUCCGAGGCCAAACUAAUCACAUCGCGGUAUUUCUAUGAAAUGAGUGAAAACCUCGAACGUCUCCUAAUGGAGACGAAAGAGAAAAGUCCCGAAGCUGCUGUGGAAUUGGCGGGUGUCAUUAAGAAGCUGUUACUAAUCAUUUCACGUCCCGCGAGGUUAUUGGAAUGCCUGGAAUUUGAUCCCGAAGAGUUUUAUCAUUUACUUGAGGCUGCCGAGGGUCAGGCCAAGGCCAUACAGGGCAUCAAGGCGGACAUACCGCAGUAUAUAAUCCAUAAAUUGGGUUUGAAUCGGGAUCCCAUUGCGGAGAUGCAACAAGAGGCUAAAGAGACCCGGGAGGUCUGUGACAAUAAGGGUUCGAAUAAUUCAAGUGUUCUCAAUGAUUCGGGUACCCCAUGCUCGUUGUUACUAAGUUCACCGCUGACCUGUGUCUCGGUGACCCUGAAUCCAAAUGCCGAACUUAAUUUGUUGGCCAACAGUGGUUCGAAUACACCACACCCGCCAAUGCCAUUGCAGCCGCCGCAGACGCCAGUGGCCACAGGGGAAAUGCCACCCUUUGGCGCCACUCUCAAUAAGCAAACCAAUUUGAAUUUGACGCCACAGGAAAAGGCUGCCCUGAAGCCCUCGUUUGGGGCCCAGCAGCAGCAUCAGCAACAACAACAUCAGCUGCAGCAGUCAUUGGCUUCGCAAGAUGCUCAACAACAAGCAGCCGGCCAACUUCCACCACCACCACCCCAACCCAUACCCAGCGAACACGAUUUCGAUAUCGUUAAACUGAUCUCAAAUGGUGCCUACGGUGCUGUCUAUUUGGUUAAACACAAGACCACGCGGCAGCGAUUCGCCAUGAAAAAAAUCAAUAAAAAUAAUCUCAUUUUACGCAAUCAGGUUGAACAGGUCUUUGCCGAACGUGAUAUACUGUCGUUUGCCGACAACCCCUUCGUUGUCAGCAUGUAUUGUUCGUUUGAAACGAAGAAGCAUCUGUGUCUGGUCAUGGAGUAUGUCGAGGGUGGGGAUUGUGCCACAUUGCUGAAAAAUAUUGGUCCAUUGCCAGCCGAUAUGGCACGAUUUUAUUUUGCCGAAACUGUAUUAGCUGUUGAGUAUUUGCAUAGUUAUGGCAUCGUACAUCGCGAUCUGAAACCGGAUAAUUUACUUAUCACGGCAUUGGGUCACAUAAAAUUAACCGAUUUUGGUCUAUCGAAAAUGGGUUUAAUGUCAUUGGCCACAAAUUUAUAUGAGGGUUAUAUUGAUUCGGAGACGCGGCAAUUUUCCGAUAAGCAAGUUUAUGGCACGCCCGAAUACAUUGCACCCGAAGUGAUAUUACGUCAGGGUUAUGGUAAACCUGUCGAUUGGUGGUCAAUGGGUAUAAUUCUAUAUGAAUUUUUAAUUGGUUGUGUACCGUUUUUUGGUGAAACGGCUGAGGAGCUCUUCGCUCAUACCGUUAACGAUGACAUCGAAUGGCCGGAUAAUGAUGAUUGGCCCGUACAGCCGGAGGCUAAAGAUAUUAUAACACAAUUACUACAACAAAAUCCACGUGAUCGUUUGGGUACUCAAGCCGGAGCGCUGGAGGUUAAGGAACAUUUCUAUUUCGAUGGUUUGGAUUGGAAUUCCCUAUUGCGACAAAAGGCGGAAUUUGUACCACAAUUAUCCAAUGAUGAUGAUACCAGUUAUUUUGAUACCCGCAUGGACCGUUACAAUCAUGAUUUGGGUGGUGAGGAUACCGACGAUACCGAUGAUACUCCGGUUUUCGGUUCUUUUUCAUCGUAUACACCACAAUAUCGCAAACAACAUUAUUCAUGGUCGCGUACAACAUCGGCAUCAUCGACCACAUCUGUGGCCUCAUCGACCUCACAAAAUUAUCCAGCAACAACAACAUCAGUUCAAAAUACACCAGCCACAACUGGAACAAUAACUACAACAACAGUUAGCGGAACCACUACAACCAGCGAAGCGACGACUACUAAAGAAACUAAACUAAUGGUUACGGAAAGUUCUUCAUCACCCACAAAUACCGUGGAUUCGGUGGCCAAGUGUCGUAAAGUUUCUGCCCCCUUGGCUGCGGCUACAUCUGCUGGAAGUAGCAACAACAAUAGUAUUACAACAAUUAGUACAAUAAAUCAACAUAUGGUCAAUAAGGUAUUGACCACACCGCAAUUAAGGAAAAUUGAGCUUUCCACAACAUGUGUCAAGGUUCCGUCAACACCUGAUGCCGAUUAUUUGCCCGAGCUGUUGCAUAAUGUUACCAUUGGCAAUGACAAUGAACUGCGUAUGUUAAAUCAGUUCUUAAGACAACCAGGAGAGGCAUCAUCAUCAGCACCACCACCAUCAUCAUCAGCAACCACCGCCGCACAACAACAUCAUCGUCACAGUAUGCCACCCAAUACCACAACAAUAAUUACCACACCAGCUACACCACCAGCAGCCAUGGUUAAUGCUCCCGUUGAACAGCGUACAACAACAGCAGGCGCAACAACCACAACAAUAGCAACAAUAAAAACCGCCACACCUUCUUUAAUUUCAACAAUAACCACCGAACGAAAACUACUUGCCGAUACUCAUAAGUUAGCACGCAGUACCCCGGAAUCAUCACAGACGGAUAGUGAUGAUUUCUCACCUCAGAUAGCACGUAAACGUAAGGGUGUAUGUGCUCGUGAUAUAUUGCCCAGGUUCUCCAUUUCCAUAGAAGAUGAAACCAUAAGUGGUGGAUCAUCGUCGGCGGAGAAUACCCGUGAACAAUCGCCAUUGGCAUUACAGCAUCAAAAAUCGAUUGAUAGUCAUAUGGCAACGAAAAAUCAUCGUUCACGUUCAUCGAUUGUGAAAUCAGCCUCGGCAUUGGGUCUAUCGUUAAUGUCAUCAGCCAUUGACAAUGUCCAAUUGGCCCAACAAUUGUGUAACAUCACCGCCGGCAUACAAUCGCCUAGCAGUGUAACAGCCGGUGGCGGCGGCGGCGGUGGUUCCAGCACCGCCUCAUCACGUGACACCUCGCCAUGUCGUGAACUCUCGCCCUUGGUUACAAAUCUCAAGCCACCGAUUAUUAUUAGACGUGGACCGCGCGGCUUCGGUUUCACCGUACACACAAUACGAGUGUAUUACGGCGACACGGAUUUCUAUACCAUGCAUCACUUGGUAAUGGCGGUGGAUGAGGGUAGUCCUGCAUUUGAGGCUGGCCUAAGACCGGCCGAUCUGAUAACACACGUUAAUGGUGAAACAGUGCAAGGUCUGUUCCAUACACAGGUCUUGCAGCUGCUGUUAAGUGGCGGUGAACAUGUCACCCUGAGGGCCACACCCUUAGAACAUACCAGCAUUCAAAGUGGUGGCCGUAAACGGGAUCUGAUGCAAUCGAAAUUGGCCAAGAAGGGCGUGAAUCGCCAAAAGAAGCAAACGAAAAAGGAGCAUGACAAGAAGCGUAAGACAUCGUUGUUUAGGCGUAUCAGCAAUAAGAGAGCUUCGGCGGAAAUUCAACAGAUGGCAGCUGGCAUCAACUCGCCCACAACACCCUCGGCUGUUGGCGGCGGCUCGGUCAUUGGUAGGAAUUUAUCUCCUUUGGACUCAUCAUAUCAUAGUAGUAGUUGUUGUCAAUCGGCGGCCACAUCAUCCCAAUCAACAUCACCCUCAUCAUCCUCUCCCAAUACACCAACGGGUGGUGGUGCAGCUGCCGCUGCGGGUAAUGGCAAUGGUGGUGUUGUCGCCAACAUUGUUUCUGGUCCAGGCAAUAAUACAGGUGUGGGUUUUGUUAGCACUUCGAACACCGUGCUAUUACCAAUUGCCGGUUCCGUUAGUGGUGCAGCCACUGCAGGUGGCAAUCCGGUUGUGGGUGUAAUGGGCAAUAUACCAGUUUCACCAACAUCGGUGCCACAGCUGUACCAACGACCUUCAACGCUGCAUGGCUUGAAACACAAAUUACACACCGGUUGUGCUGGUAACACCGCCGUCUGUCCCACUGGUUCGGGAGUCAAAUCGUUGCACACAAAUUCCACAGCCUCCAUGCCAAAUCGCCGUAAAUCUGUAGGUCAUAUUCCACUGUCACCGUUGGCUAGAACACCCUCACCAUCACCACUUCCCUCGUCGCCCACACGUUCACCAUCGCCAUUGGCUUUCCCCUUGAUUGGCCAUCAACCGGGCUCCUCGAAUACCACACAAUCGUAUAGUCCCGGUGGUUCAUUGCCUGUGGUGCAGACGGUCACAGCAGGCUCUAAGAAAACCGGAUUUGUACGCACAAAAUCUUCGGAGCCUAGUUCGCCGCUGUUAAGGAGAGCCCUAUCGCCAGAUCGUCUACAUCCACGUAGUGCUGAGACAAAAUGUACUUUGAUUUCCCCCUUAUGUUGUUCGCCACCCAUAAAACAGCCACAGCGUGUUAUUGGUGGAGUAUGGCGUCCGAACAAUAACAAUAACAACAACACUAAUAAUUCAAAUGCUAAUAAUUCCUGUAUUUCGGCAGCAGCAACAACAACAAGUGGUCAGGCGGCAAUCUGCACAUCAUCGGCUUCGGUAUCAUCCGGCAUCGGUGCAGGAGGAUCAGUAGCAACGGGAACCACUUUACCACCUAUAACCGGCCUUCAUUCACCACAACAGCAAUUGACCACCACCGCCACCAACAACACCUCCUGCUCGUCCUCGUCUGCUCCAUCAUCAGCUUGUAGUCGUUUGAUUGAACAGUGCGAACAACAUUUAUCAUCAUCAAACUCCAACCAACCAACCACCACCACUACCAUUGAAGACACCAUUAUGUGCGAUAUUUCACAAAGUGUAAGUUCUAAUUCCACUUCUGCUCUAGUAAGUACACCAUCCGGUAUGGUCAUGCCGGGUGAUAUGAUGUUACCUCGCAUUGCCGAAGAAAAGGAUUCACCCACCAGUACAUCGGAAUCGUUGACACCGGGUUUUAUGCAAACAAUUGCCGAACAUCACGAGGGCGGUGCGGCCGAUGAUGAAAGGGGAAAUAAAAUGGAUACCACUACUAGUUCCGGAGGAGGAGGAGCAUUUUCUAAAGAUGAUGGUGGUCAGAAAAUGCCGAAAUGCCACGAAAGCACAACUGUAGAUACUGCUUCUAAAACUACAAAAUUAACUACGCAACAAACUAAUACAACUACUGUGCCCACAACUAUUAUUGGUGGUAGCAGCAGUAGCAAGACGAAUCCCCUUACAAAUCAACAAUCAACUAAAACAAAUACCACCAGUAGCCAGGGUAGAUCAACAAAAUCUCCCAUAACCACAACAACAACAACGACGAGCACUUCUUCUUCUUCGUCCUCGGCAAGUUUAAAACGUGAACAAUUUUCGGCAAGUUCAAGUCAUGGUUCUGCGGGUUCCGGCGGCAACACAAGUGGCUAUGUGGCUGGUGCUACAAAAUCCACACAAAACGCAAAUCGAAAAUUCGGCACCCAGAGACUCUUAAGAAAAGCCUCCAAUAUUAAGAAGAAGAAGAAAUAUCGUUAUUUGCCAAAAGUCAAAACCAUUGCCAGCUGCCAUGUGGUGUUUACACCCCGGGAGAGCAAGAGAGAUUUUAAUGAGAGAAACUCAAAAAUGCCGGGCAAUAACGAAGAAGAAGACGAUGGCAAGGAUUCCGUGAGGGAAAAAUAUUGCCAUGAAUGGUCGGAAAAAAUCAAAGAGAAUACAAAUAGACGAUUAAAAGAGAGCGACAAAAUUAAAGAGAAUCGAAAAAAAUCUCCGGGAGAGAACUACUACCAACACCUUGAUGAUCCUAUGGAGGCUAAAUAUUCGGAAACAUGGUCGGAAAAUUUGCAAAAGAAUCCUGGGAUACAAAUCGCCACAUACCAUCACGACCCUGUGGAAGCAAAAAACUCCGAAACUUGGUCCGGAAAAUUCCAAAAGAAUUCAUGGACACCACGGAAAGAGAGAGUCGAAUCUCCUUUAGGCUCUAAAAAAUUAAAAGCGAAUUCCAGAACCCUCAAAAAUGAAUGGACUGAUAGCAAUGAUCCCUCUGACACCACAAAACGUUUUCACAGAAAUUCAGAAAAUUUUCGAACUCCCCAAAAACUAAUAGCGGAUUCUAGAACCCUAGAAAAUGAAAAGGCCGAUAGUAAUGAUCCCUCUGAGACCUCAAAAUAUGUUGGUGAUGAUGCCUUAAAAUAUUCCACGGAAUUUCAAUGUGUCUGCGUUCCGCCACGUUAUGCCUGCGUUUCGGAUAUGUCGAUGAGACCCAAAUCACGUACACUGGCUUUACAGUGUGCCUCCAAUAGGGAUCUGGGGGCAAUUGGUGAUCAUAACUCUAAUGUGAUGAAAGAAAUCGAAGAAGAGAACCCCCGAAAAGAAGAGCACAAUAAACCUCAAUUAAAUCCGACCCUGUUGGAAAAUCAUUUCUAUUCCGCUUCGAACGAAGUGAUUGUGAAUUAUUGCCAUUGUUUUAGAAUUUCGAAUGAUGAAAUUGUCAUGAGAGAAAAUUCCCCGGGGAGAACAAAUUAUGGCAAAAAAUCCAAGCAAUUUAUGAAGGAGGGCGAGCUUUCGAGCUCGACCCAUAACGGCAAAGAUGGAACUAAUUCGAAUGGACUCAUAUCUGCGUCAAAAAAGUCAGAACCUCUUAAUGAUGCCAAAAUCGAGGAAAAGGAUCUUGAGAGGUGUGGAAAUUUAAAAGAAAAUCGAAUGGAAAUUCAGGCAGAUACCAAGGAGCAAAAUACCCCGAAGGAGGCUAUCGAAGGAUAUCACAACAAUGAUGGUAAGAAUUUUAAUCAAUUAUAUUCCGAAAAAAAUUCUGAAAAAUUCCGCAGUACAUGCAAAGCUGUCGGAAAAAAUAAUCCCCAUUAUGAUGAUAACGAUGCCUCUGUGAGAGCGAAGUAUUCGAAAGUUAAGUCAGGAAAAAAUCAAAGGAAUUCCACUCAUUUCAAUACAAAUGAGAGUCAUCAUCAGGAGAGAAGAGCCUCAUGUUGUUCGGAAAAUAAUAAAGAGAAUAUAAAAAAUUCUAAAAGAGCAGGAACCCAAAAUGAAGCUGAUGAUGAACCCGUGAGAAGAACCUGCGAUCCACGAAUUGCCAACAAUGAAAGUGUAAAGAGAGUGACGAUGGCUCGAGAGAAAAGCCCCGAGGAGAGAAAUUUCCAGGGCUCUCAGCUGUGUGGAAGAUCAACUGAGAGACAUCAAAUGAAAUCGACUUUAAAUGAUAAGGGAGACUUGAAGAGAGAAACUUCGUCUUAUCGAAGGAAAAGCCCUGGGAGAUUAAUACCCCACAAUAAAGAUGACGAACCUGUGAGAGGAAGCUGCGAUCCACAAAUUGACACCAAUGAAAAUGUAACGAGAGUGACGAUGUCGUAUCGAGAGAAAAGCCCUGAGGAGAGUCAUGUUCAUGGCUCUCAGCAAUGUGGAAGAUCAAAUAAGAGGCAUUCUAAGGAAGCAAAUUCCAAGAAAUUCGAAACAAAUAAAAUUCAAGAAUUCAUCUACCCAUUGGAUAAUAAAAAGGCCACGAAGUUAAUCCGCCUAAUGGAUAGAUAUACAAAUCGGAAAAUUAAAAGCGAAGAGCUGGAUCCAAAUCCAAAGGAAAGAAAAUAUCAUUUGAAAGAAAGUAAAAUUAGUGCUGGAAAUUAUCUCGAUCGUCAAUUUGCUGCAAGGAGGAGGAGUAGGAGUAGAAGUGGUUGUAAUAAAUCCACCGCCACCGAAGUUGAUACUCAGCCUCAGGAAUAUUCUCUGGAUACAUUGAAGAUAAUGAAAACUAUGAAAGUCAGGGCAUAUGAGGUGAAAAAAUUUGAUGAAAUAUCCAUGGAGGAAAAUAUUGAGGCUAAAGAAUUGGAGAUAACCAAAGAGGGACCUCUGGAAGGGAGGAAGGAUGAAGAAAUCGGAAAUAUUUCAAAAUGUGAAGAAUUGAAAUCGGAAAAUGCCAAAGAAAAAUAUGAGGAAAAUAAAUCGGAAAAUUUCAAUGGAAAACUUGAAGAAAAGAAAGAGAAGAGAG